UUCGAGCUCGUCGAAGACACGGAGCAUCCCGUCGUCUACGUGGGGUCGGACAGCCACGGUUCCUACCACGACCAGGGUGGUGCUGGGAACUGCGCGUACUUCCAGGAUCAUCGCCGCUGGGAGGACCAGCGCCUGAAGCUGGAGGGCUGGAGGUUCCUCCUCGAUGUCCGGAACGAGAGUGACAACCUUCCAGAGUGGUACAAAGCCGACCGGAUCUUCUUCGACGGCUAUUCGGCACCAGGCAACCUGAACCUUUACGGCUGCAACAGCGAGAUGUGCGAUGGCAAGGACGACUACAUCUCC